AGACAUGUAGUGGUGGGUAGUAACAGAGAAAGAGGGUCCCCCUAAGAAUUUAUUGAAGCAAGAAUUGGAAGUAGUGAGGGGUGUGGCCAGGGGUGGUUGGGUUCUUAUUUUGCGAUACCACCUCACAUACUCACAACAGUACUACCCAUAUGUCCCGUUUGAAAGAGUAGUAGUAGUCACUCCUCUUCAUGGCAUGCUUAGAAAUGUACAACCAAAAUAACUCUGAUGAUCACAACAAACAACUUUAUUCAAUGAGUCCUAGAAUUUCCUUCUCCAAUGACUUCAUCGACUCAAAUACUAAUUCUUCUUCUUCUCACCAUCGACAACAAAUGAUUAUGAAGAAUGAAAGGUCUUAUAGAGAUGCACCUGUUUCCUCUGACUUUGAAUUCUCUGUCACUAAUUAUUCCAUGAUUAGUGCUGACGAACUUUUCUCUAAGGGUAGGUUGUUGCCCUUUAAAGAAGGUUGCUCUAGUGGACACUCUCAGAAAACUACUCUUCGUGAUGAACUCCUCAACGAUGACAAUGAUGAUGAUUUUACCUUGAGGAUACCCAAGAGUUCUACUAGGUGGAAGGGUCUAUUAGGCCUUAAAAAAUCUCAUGUUGGGUCCAAGAAAAUCGACAAGAAAAAUGAAGACAAGAGGUCUGAAGAGCUGGCUAAUGGCAGCAAGAAUUCCCAGGAAGUAUACAAUGGGUCUGGUAGUGGAAGGGAUAUGGACUUUCGUUUUAAUGGAAAGUAUGAGGAGCAGGGCAGUAACUAGAUUUUAGAAGGUAUCUUGGGGAUGCAAAUGUCACAGUGGCUUAUGCUUUUAGUUUUGAAGUUUAAGAGAAUCAUAUAGAUUCUGAUUUGUUGGAUUUUAGUUCUGAUCAUUUACUAUAUUUUUUAGAGCUAUUGUGUUCUUUUUGCUAUUUGAUUCAAUCAAAUUGUUUAAAUAUGUAGAAGUUGGGAGUUUUUGGCUUUAUUCUUAUGAACAAAUGAGAUUGUUGAAUCAAAUGGUAUCUAGGUUGUAUGA